UCUGCCGCGGGAGGGCGCCGCCGACGCCCGUCGCGUUCCGAACCACGCACGUGCUUACCCUAGUACAACGUUAUCGUGUAUCGGUGUGAGUGACUGCCCGUUGAAUUAUUCCGUGUCAAUACGCCUCCGCCUCCGCCGGUGCGAUGCGUGUCUAGCAUACGUAUCGCACGAUUGGCUGUCGUGUGUAAAUGAAUAUGUUUGUUCUUGGGCAUUAUUGUUGUUCCCGAGGGAUCGGCGGCGAUUGAUAUCGCUCACGGAUGUGUUCGACGGUCGAAAAUGGGUUAAUUGAGCUUUGGAAAUGUCGCUCAAAGUGAAAGACGGUUCCGAUUCUGCCUGACUCUAUUCAUGUGAAGGAUGAAGGAAUAGUGAUACGAAAAUGGAUGACAGUUCACCGGAUCUGUCGCUGAAACUGCGACGGGGGUCGAGCGACUCUCGGGAGUCCUUUUAUAUGGACUUUGCGCAAGGUAUCGACUCGGACAUCGAAGAGGUGACUACGAUUGAGCGCGUGAUCCCUGAGCACCCGGGGGGCCGGACGGAGGGCGAUGCUGAUACGCUGGCGACGCCGUCUGGUCUCGAAGAGGCCAAGGAGCUGGGGCAAUGUUGCUACUCAAUCCCAGCCAACAACAUGUCAGGAGGCUCUCACGUCUCCCGCGCCACAUUCGGCGGAGCUGACUCCGAGAUAUCUGGCGGCAGUGCUCCUCCACUUCCGAGUCCUGCCUCCGCGGGGGCUGCGCUGGUGUCCCCAGAGACGCUAAGCCGCCACAGUAGCCCUCCGCCCCUGCCACCGCACCCGUCUCACCAGCAACCGGCACCUUCUUGUUCUUCACAUCGCGUGCAUCUGGAGUCACCGAUGAGAUUAUCAAGUCCACCAUCCAUGUCUCUGGGCGGGUCACUGUCUCUGCAGCCGGUGCUGUACGGGCCGAGUGGGGCUGCGCACGCGCCGCUGCCACCGUCCAGGAGACUCUCCCGACCUUCGGCCGCUAUACAGCAUAUGCACGUUAUAAGCGCGAGCGAUGCGUUAGCAACAACCCUGUCGGCACUCUAUGGCAAGCUGCUCGUGGUUAUGGGUAUAGCUUUCCCCAUGGCUGAGGUCAUCUCCACAUACAUUCCACCCUCCUUCUACGAGGGUUUCUACCUAUACCUGUACAUCGGCAGCAUGGUGUUCCUUCUCUACAUGUAUGCUGCGCUCGCGAGGGAUAGAUCUAAAUCUUCGGCUGCAGAUACUGCUGUGGUUGCAAAAUCAGAUUCCAGCUCGUCCCCCUCAGAGUCCGACUCGUGUUCCUCUCGCACGGAGCGCAGCACAGCCACCACAGCACACAUACCACCUCAGCUGGCUGCCAAACGACUGUCUCUGGGCUUCGCGUUAGCAACCAGAACCCAUCAUUAUGGCAGCUUCUAUUUGAGGAUGGGGGCCGUUGCAUUCGGCAUCGGCUCUAUGAUCUACUCGGGCCUAGAAUUCGGCCAGUAUUGGGAGCUGGAGAGGAACACCAACUGUCACAAUGUCCUGCUGGCGCUGACUCCGGCCACCAGGAUGGCGUUUAUCUUCAUACAGAUGUACUUCAUCUUUCUGAACAAUGAGAUGAAAGUUUACAAGCACAAGAUAGUAGCGCGGUUCGGUCUGAUGCACAUGGUGGGGACGAACCUCAGUGUGUGGCUGAAUGUCCUCGUUCAAGAGACGAAGCACGAAAUCCUGACGUUCUACGAUCCCGAGAACAAGACUAUUGGACUGUCGCAUAGACUUGCAUUCCAAAAGGCGUUCGCAUCAUUUUCGACCGACGUGCCACCGUCUCACCCAGCUGCCGCUCACCUGCGCGUACCUAGAGGACUUAAAGGCCCUCACCAUAUCUUCGAGUGCCGUCGAACCAACAUCAUGGGCUCCCUCGUUCAGGACGCCUCUCCGUUCCUCUUCCCUUGCACCAUCGAGUAUUCUCUCAUCUGUGCUGCAAUCCUCUAUGUCAUGUGGAAGAAUAUCUCCAAGUACCCGUCGAAGGAUGUAGCAGCGGCUAUUGUAAAAGCACGUAUAUUAGAAGGUCUGGCCUACAAGAAAUCCCCACAUUUGUACAGCGUUGACUGUGCAAGAGCUCACAAAGGCCUCUUCUUCGGAAUAUUAGUUUUGGUACUAACUAUAAUAUCGUUGAUAUUGUUCUUCGUAUUAGUAUCAAAGAAAGAUUACGCGACUCUAGCAGUCGUUGAAGUCAAUGUUUGUGAAUUGGCUUUGUAUGCAAUGACAACAUUUGCUAGUUUAGCCGGAAUGGUCUGUGUAAGGAAACUGAAGUAUGAUGGUAACCGAAACCUUGAACUGGACAACAUUCUUCUCGUAGGAGCUCAAACUGGAAUGUUCAUCUAUGGCACAUUCACUAUUAUUGGUGGACAUUUCACGAUAGAGAAGAACACAAUACUAAUAUUGAUUACUGCUCUGUCGUCUUUAAUCCAGACUACCUGUCAAACCAUGUUCAUUCUCGAUGCGAGCCGAAGGUCAGCGAAAACGGCUGAACAGUUACGAAAGAAGCCUGGGAGAGAGAUAGUGACUUUCCUAUUGGUGACCAACUUGGCUAUGUGGGCGAUAAAUACUCUUGAAAAAUCUAGAGCGGAAUCUCAUCCAGUCCAGCUUCACUUCUACGGUUUAUGGGCGUGGACGAUCAUAACCCACGUGUCGAUGCCUCUGGCUAUCUUCUACAGGUUCCACUCAACGGUGUGUUUGUGCGAGAUAUGGAAACGGGCGUACAAGAUGAAGCCCGCUUACAUGUAGCGACCGGCUCGGAGGUACUGGAGCACAGCACUGUCUUUCAGAAUGUGAACUGUGGUACUUUCGGAAUCAUACUCGUAGACAAGUGGUAGUUGGAUGUUAGUGCCAUAGUCUCAGAUAAUCUGUGGAAACCGCUGCAGUAGUUAGAGGAUCAUAACUCAUACAGUAUCCUACCUACUCAUUAGAUGUAGAUCGGGUUUCAUCUCUCCGGUUUCCACAUUAACCGCAUCGUUUGAAAGUUGACUGCUGUAAUGUUAAGUUAUUGUAUUAAAAUAUUUUAAUGUGUUAUUUAUUUGUAGCUUUAUUAUACGCUUUAACUAUCAUAGCGGAACUGAUACGUUGAGUCGCAGUAUUUCACAAUUAAACGGGUUGGAUUUUAUUGAUUUUAGCGCUUUAUAUUUAGAUGUUAAUUUUUCAGCAAGUUUUAGUGUUAAAUGUAUUGUUAAUAUUAUAUGUGAACCUAUUAAUGGAUAAGUUAUGUGUUCAUAUUUUCAUCUUGUUUACAUAGCUGUAUGUAGAUGUAGGUAGUGUGUAAGUAUUAGUAGAGUCUGUAUACCACAUUCCACUUUAUAGUAAUCUCUCAAUUGCCGAGGCAUAAUGAUUAUAUUCACGCACUUUGAUUCAAAAUGAAUGUCUUCCAUUAGGUUACGUUGUUUUAUACGAUUUGUUUUACAAUAUUUAUUCUUUUUCUGCUAACAUACAGCUACAUAUGCAACAUGCUGCAUACAGCGUGUAUUAUUCCAUAGUACAGAGGGAACAAUAAAUUCUAUCGACCUAUUGAUAUUUUUUUGAGGAAUUUUGACAUAAAAACAAUACAUUGGUUAUGAUAAUAAAGUACUUUUUACUAUGAAACGCGUAAUAGUCUGAGCAGAUAUUAGAGAUUUUGUAGCGGAUAUUUUUGUGACGAAAAUGUAGUAGUGUCAGUAAUUUUGGAUACAUUUAUAUCUAUGUAGUAGCAAUACCAUGGACCCAGUAGUUAGGCAAAAUGUAACACCAAAGUCGUAAGAAUAAGAAAUUUUUGGAGCUUAUAACGUGAGUAGUCCAUUAAAUAUUCGUAAUACAAUAAUGUUCGCCAAAUGGAUGGUAAUAGAUGAGUUGCAUGACGUUCGAUAGUCUAUAGACAUAGACUUAGUGAUUUCGUCCACUUCUUAUGAAUAUUUCAAUAGGUUUUCAAAGACAUUUACGAUGAUUUUGUAUAAAUAUUUUCCUUUUAUAUUAUUUAUUAGAUAUUUGAGCUGAUGAGAUGUAUUCAUCAAAGACUAUCUUUAUAGAUUUUUAUAAAUAUUUUAUUGUACACUGAUUUUUAGACGCAUAAUCUUAUGAUGUUGACACGCCUGAUGCAGCAGUUUCUGAUAUUUCACAUAAUAUUGAUAUAAAACAAACUUUGAUAUUCAACCUUUGUUGAUCAGUUGUUGAUUGCUCAAGUAUUGUAUGUAAUUUGCUUAUUUAGAAUUACAUAAAUAUUUUAUCUGGAAGUACUUUUGAUAGACAAAGAACGUUUCUACUUCUUGCUUGCGUUAGAAAAAAUAAUAAUUAGUUUUGAAGGCUCUAUAUAAAUAUUUCAGGAAUACAAAAAAGUUGCCAUACUUUUUUUACUACUGACUUGGAAAGAUUUUUAUUUAGAAAUUGUAUCUAAAGUACUUUUUCAAGUAGUUUGUUGAAUGUUGUAUGAUAUAAUAUUGUUUCACUCAAACUAAAUAUUGCUUCGCAUAAUAAGUCGUAGUUUCUGAUUAAUAUUUCAGGAAACGAAACAAAUAAUUUUGAAGCCUUUUGUAUAUUAGUGUUAGAGUCCUUUAUACUUUUUAUAUAAUAUAUUGUGUACCUAGCGUCAAGUAUGUCCUAGGUGCAUAUUUUAAGUACAUUGAAUACUCAACAAGAAAUUUUUAGCUUUAAAUAAUAAAUGUGACAUACCAAAUUUAUACCUACUUAUAAAUUAUUGUAGAAUAGGAGCGAAUGAUGCGAUACGGUGUACCUAUUUUGGAGGAACUAAACAAUAUUUUUUUUAAAGAAACAUUGAGUAUAACCGCAUUUUAUUGUAGAUCUAUUUUGAUUUUUCUCAGGAGUAAAGAUUCCAUGUGAAGGUAUAUACAUAGAAGUAUAUAUUAUGAAACUUUUCUUUCAAAUUGAAUAAUAGUUAAUGAAUUUGUCAUAUUUUAUGAGAGCUGUAUUUUCACAGUAGUAAAACAUGCAUAUACAUUUUAAAACUUGAAAUAAAUACUCAUUUUUUCAUAUUUAUUUUGCUUAGAUAGCGGUGUAGCAGAAUAGACCAGAUAUUGCUCGCAUUUUGAUAUUUAAAUGUACAAUUUUAGAACAGUGUCUAUAUUUCUAGCAGUUAAAAUCUUAUGAUCGUGUAAUAACGCCUAUUUAAAAUAAAAUCACCCACAACACCAACAAAGGUAUGUAAAAAGUAAAAUAACUGUGUAGAGUAAGGUACAUAAUUAUAUACUUGUUUUAAUUUAUAUUUAGGAUAGUUAUUUGUCAUUUUCACCCAUUAUACCAAAUAUUCGUUGAAAUAUCCUUUAUGUUAAGACGGACAGCGGCAUUUUGUAUCAUUUUUUCCCCAAAUUAUGACAUGCCUUCGAACUCAUAUAAUUAUUUUAAAUUAAAAUAGUCCUCAAAAAUAAAAUUUUUAUCAUUGGUAUUUUUUCCAUGCGUUAACUUCUUUCGUUCUUAAAUUCAAGGAACUUAUAAUUUGUGGGAAAUCAGAUUCAAAUGUCAUUUUGUAUAAAUAAAAUAGUGAUACUAGAGUAUUGUUUUUAAUUAUAUAUUUGCUAUUUAUUUGUUUAGGAGAAACUGUGAAUAGUUUGGGAUAGCGGUAAGAUUGUCUCCUUGGAUGUUUAACGUUUACAAACAAAUAAAACUUUCUCGAAAUUAUCCUGAA